AUGCUGCGAACAGUCGUGUCCCGUGCCCUCGCCUCGCGCGCCCCCGCCGCCGCGCGCGCGGGAGGUAACACCGCGUGGCGUCACACCCGUCUCAUGAGCACCGAAGAGGAGCCCGCGACGCUCGCCGCGGGCGCCGAGGGCGAGGAGGGCGAGUUCGCCCCGAGCGACGAGAUCAAGUUCGAGUCCUCCGAGCCCAGGUACAUGACCACCCUGACCUUCUCCGAGGCGGGGCUGCAGGCGAUGAUCAAGAGGGACAUCGACAGGGAGAAGUCCGCGGCGAAGAUCAUCGGUCUGCUCGGGGGUAGGCUCCAGAGCUACCACGUCACCACCACCGGCGACGCCAACGCCGUGGUGACGUACACAUUCCCGAAGAACCACAACGUGCAGACUCUGCUCUACACCCUCAUGGCUUCGGGUUCGUACUCGAAGCAGCGCACGGUGAAGCUCAUGACGUGGGAGGAUGCCGCCAUGUCCCUGAAGCAGUCCCGGGCGAUCUACGCCAACGGCGGGGUGAGCUGCAACCUGUCCCUCGCGGUGCCCAAAGUUGACGCGUGUCACUGCCGGUCCUCCUCGCUCGCCGCGGGAGUCUCCCCGUGGCGCCGCGCGGGCGCCGCUGGGCGCCUCCGCGCGCGCGCGUGCGUCGCGGCGCCUCCCGCGGCGUUCGGCCGGCGCGAGGCUCCCCGCCGCGACCCCGCCGCCUUCCGCCUCUUCGCGUCCGGCAGCGGCGACCCGGGCGAGUCCGCCGACGACGACGGCCCGCGGGAUUACCUCGCGGAACUCUCCUGGCUGCCCCCGCUGGACCCCACGAAGGAGAUCGAGGAGAUCGACCCGGAGGCGAGCCCGCAGACGAUGGUCCUCCCGCUCUUUCCCCUCGGUUCCACCGCGUACCUGCCGCACAGCGACCACAUCCUGAACAUCUUCGAGCCGAGGUACCGGCAGAUGUACUCCGACAUCCUGUUCAACGGAUCGCGCAGAUUCGCCGUGCCGGUGUCCAACCCGGAGACCGGGCGGCUCGCCACCGUCGCGCCGGUGUUCUACCUCGAGGACCUGAAGGAGGUGAGCGAGCAGACGGACGACGCGGUCAAGUACGUGUGCUCUCACAAGGUCAUCGGCCGAGUUCGCAUCAACAGGACCCUCAACGACAAAGUCUGGCGCGACAGGACCACCUACCUGAAGGCGGUGGUGGAGCCGCUGGAGGACGGCGACGACGACGAGGACUUGAGUACCAGGGAGCGCACCCUGACCGAUCGAUUCACGAGCAUCAUCGAGAACCAGACCAAGCUGCAGGAGCCGGUGCGGUUCACCGAGAAUCUCAAGGCGACGCUGAGCGCCGCGCGGGGCGAGGACGGGCUGUGGCGCAUGGCCGGGCUGUGGCAGUCGCUCAUGCAGAACCGACUCGCCGCCAAGGAGAGCGAGCUCAGCGACGAGAUCCAGAAGCUGCUGCGGCAGUACCUGGAGUCCCAGGGGCAGGACAUGAGGUCCAAGGUUACCGUCCAGUUUGACUCGCUCCCGGCGGAGAUUCGCGCUGAGUUCACUCGCCUGCAGCAGCAGUACAGGGAGGAGAGCGCCGCGAUGGUGAGCGCCACCAUCUACCCUUUCGUGCUCUUAGUGCAGUGCGACACUCACGCCGAGCGUCUCAGCGUCUUCGGGGAGAUGCUGGAGGAGGAGGAGAAGAGGCUUCAGGCGAAGGUCGCGCUGCAGAGUCUCUUCUCCGGCGGGAUGGGAGGGGCAGACGCUAAGGGUCUGGACGAGCCCCCGACGGAGGCUUGA